AUGAGCGCGAUGGAGCGACGUGAUCGCGAUCGCGAUGCCGACAUGGAUAUUGAGGAUGAAAUGAAUGUGCGGCGUCGUGGUCGUGGAUUUGGGUCGAGCGUGUCGGAAGAUGCCGACAGGGUGAAGGUGGGCGAUUUUGAGCGGCUUGUGCCGGACGCGGAAUCUGGCGACGUGGACGAGCAUGCAGCGCGAUGUACGUAUACAACAAGACUAAUGAUAGCUGUAGAGGGCUGGGUCAUUAUUGUGACAAAUAUUCACGAAGAGGCUGCCGAGGACGACGUGAUGGAUGUGUUCCUUGAUUUUGGCAAGGUCAAGGAUUUGGCGUUGAAUUUAGACCGCCGGACGGGAUAUGUCAAGGGGUAUGCUUUGAUUCAAUACGAAAUGCAGUCGGAAGCGCGCGACGCCAUCGACGCUUGCAAGCAAGGGCUUACACUGCUCGAGCAGGGGCUCAAUGCGGACUUUGCAUUUGUGCAGCCACCAAAACGUGCGCCCCAAGAAGCACGACGUCGUGCUAGACGCGAGCGGAGCCGCAGCCCAAUGCGCCCGUAA